AUGGUAGAAGGAGCAUGGCGUGGAGACAACUGAAAAAGCGAGCUCUGGAUGCUGUAGUCAUCCUGGGGGGUGGAGGACUUCUCUGUGCCUCCUACCUGACAGCCACAGGGGAUGAGCGUUUCUAUGCUGAAUACUUGAUGCCGGCUCUGCAGAGGCUGCUGGACCCAGAGUUAGCCCACAGGCUGGCUGUUCGCUUCAUCUCCCUGGGUCUCCUUCCUCGAGCCACAUUUCAAGACUCUGACAUGCUGGAAGUGAAAGUCCUGGGCCAUAAAUUCCGAAAUCCAGUAGGAAUUGCUGCAGGAUUUGACAAGCAUGGGGAAGCUGUGGAUGGCUUAUAUAAGCUGGGCUUUGGCUUUGUUGAGGUAGGGAGUGUGACUCCUAAGCCUCAGGAAGGAAACCCCAGGCCCAGAGUCUUCCGCCUGCCCGAGGACCAAGCUGUCAUUAACAGGUAUGGAUUUAACAGCCACGGACUCUCAGCGGUGGAACACAGGUUGCGGGCCAGACAGCAGAAGCAGACCAAGCUCACAGAAGAUGGGCUGCCACUGGGAAUAAACCUGGGGAAGAAUAAAAUGUCGGUGGAUGCUGCUGCAGACUAUGCAGAGGGGGUUCAGGUCCUGGGCCCUUUGGCCGACUACCUGGUAGUGAACGUGUCCAGUCCCAACACAGCUGGGCUGCGGAGCCUUCAGGGAAAGGCCGAGCUGCGCUGCCUGCUGACCAAGGUGCUGCAGGAGAGGGAUGCCUUGAAGGGAGUGCAGAAGCCGGCAGUACUGCUGAAGAUUGCCCCUGACCUCACGGCUCAGGACAAGGAGGACAUUGCCAGUGUGGCCAGAGAGUUGGGCAUCGAUGGGUUGAUUGUCACGAACACCACAGUGAGUCGCCCUGCUGGUCUCCAAGGUGCUCUGCGCUCUGAGACAGGAGGGCUGAGUGGGAAGCCCCUCCGUGAUUUAUCAACUCAGACCAUCCGGGAGAUGUAUGCGCUCACUCAAGGCAGAAUUCCCAUAAUUGGGGUUGGUGGUGUCAGCAGUGGGCAGGAUGCGCUGGAGAAGAUCCAGGCUGGUGCCUCCCUGGUGCAGCUGUACACGGCCCUCAUCUACCAGGGGCCACCUGUGGUGGGCAGAGUUAAGCGGGAGCUGGAGGCCCUCUUGAAAGAACAGGGUUUUAGCCGAGUCACAGAUGCCAUUGGAGCAGAUCAUCGGAGGUGAGGAUGCUUGACAGAAAUCCAUGACUGGAUCAUGUGAAGAAGGACUCUAAAGCCAUGUCUCCCAAACCAAAGCUUAGCAGGACUAUAACAGCCAAUCAUAAGGGGGUCACCAGAGUCAAUGGAGACUUUUUUCAAUUGGUUGCUCAAACAUAAAUUUAUAGUUGUGCUUCUUUCUGGAUCCAAAUCCUAGGAUCCUUCAAUUUGUAAGGAUAUUGAAUAUUUUUGGGGGAAAUCAUGGAAAAGAUAAAGUCAUUUAAAUCCUGGCUUUGAACAUAUCCUCUUUCUGUAGAGCCAGGGCUUUGUCCAGUGUUGCAGGUCUUUCCAGGCCAUACUCCCUGGAUCUGCUGUGGGCUUCCCAGGACCAUGACUUUCAUUUUGUCACUGUUUUUAUUUAUCUUAUAAUUUUUAACUUUAUUUUGAAACUAUUUCAAACAGACAAAAGUUGUAAGAAUGGGGCUGGCCGUUGGGGCUCAGUGGUAGAGUGCUUGCCUAGCAUGUGUGAGGCACUGGGUUCAAUCCUCAGCACUACAU